AUGUGCAAGGAGCUCAGCACACCCGAACUUGGUCCCACCAUCAUGGCCGGUAUGGAGUCGAUUCUGGUGCCUCAUGGCCGAAAGUCAUCAGAUGAGUGGGUCAAUGACAACAUCACCACGACUCUCGGUGCCAUCUACUUCUAUGUUUCUGAGCGGGCUCAGUGGAAAUCAAGCGACGACCAAGUUGAUCAAACCCGCUAUCAGGCGGCACGAAAAGUGAUUAUCAAGACUCUCGACGGGGCGCGGGAAACAGCAACAUUCAAGGGCUCAGAUCAAGACACAGCUUGGGUUGGAUGGAGAUCCAUCAGACCACGGGACUUGGACAAGGCUGUCAUGGAAGUAAAUAAGCGAGGCUGGCUGCAAAGUGACUGGUAUCAGGGCAUGCAAGAUCUUGCAGACAGGACGAAUGCAGAUGAUCUGGAGGAUGAAGAUCACGAUGCCACCGAACAGAUUCAAAGUGUUGAAAUUAGGAGGGCCGACAGUAUGUUCCAGGACAGGUAUGACCUCCUCAGUCAACGGAGGAGAGAUGACUUCAAGGUGUGGAAAGCAGGGAUACUCGAACGGAUCGCGGCCCUAGAGAACAGCACUGUGCCCAUGGAGAUUGACUCAUAA